AUGGAAGAAGAUUGUAAUGGUAGUUACCAUGAGCCAAAUAUAGAAGAUGACUACAGUGUUGAUUCUUUGGGUGUACGCUAUCACCUAAAAGAGUACUCUAUUCGUGAACUAAAAAAUGCACAAAAACUUUUUAAUCUUUGGCACGCGUCACCACGCAAUGCUAUAGAGAGAGAAUUUGGGGUGUUGAAAAAAGGAUUUGCUAUCAUUGCAAGUUCAACUGAGCCACAGUACACUUUUGAUGCACAAAGAGAUGUUUUCGUAGCAUGUUGUAUACUGCAUAACUUUUUAAUGAGUAUUGAUCCUGAUGAGGAGCUUAUUGCUGAUGUUGAUCGUGAGCUCUUAAAUAGUAGGAGACGACUUAGGCGCAAUGCAAUAGAUGAGGAUACCGAAGAAGGAAAAGUUAUUCGUGAUAAUAUAGCUGCUCAAAUGUGGAAGGCCUAUAAUUCCAGUGGCUUUGAAUGGGAUUCUGAGAGCAAGCUAUUUUUAGCAAAGUAUGUCAAGCCUUGA